AUGAUCAGAAGAAAGGAAGCGGCAGAAGACAGUUGGGAAGAGCAAAUAAUUGGUGCAGCACUAAUAAGUAAUCCAGUACAAGUACCAGAUCAGAACAAUAUGUAUGUUGCACGUUAUGAUCGAGAAGGAUUGGCGUAUUUUGGUAGCGCAUGGAAUGAAAGUGGCGUAGUACAAUGUGAAUUCGCUUGUGAAGGAAUAAAGGUGAACGGAUCAGAUAUUAAUGAUAAAAUUCGGAUAUUAACAUACGAUGGGAAUCAUAAGACCAAAGGUUUCUUCUAUGAAUGGAUAAAAUUUGCCAGGUGGCUACAACAUUCUAAUGAUGAAUUUCGCAUACCGUUACGUUGCAGUACUUCUAACGGAGUGAUUUUCUGGCCACAAAAAGCUUUAGGAACGUUAAACAUUGAGAAAAAGACUGCUACAUUUGUAUGUGCUGGGCAAAUUACUUCACUAGCAGAAUCUGAACUUUACGAUUGCCUUAUUCUUGUAAGAAAUCUUCGCGAUAGGCCACCUCAUUGCUGCUGUGAACAGUGCAUGAAAAUAGAAGCCCUUGAAAAGGAGGCGCAAUCAUCGGAUCAUUUACUAAUGGUGAACGAAUGGGCUGACUACCGAAUCGGUGAUACAUUUCCUAAAACGAAGAGUUUAAUCAAAGCAUUGGAUCGUCCACUGAAUACAUUAAAUGGCCCACAGGAACAAUAUGUUGCCUUAUGGUAUCAUUUUGGCCAUGCAGUAAUGGGUCGAGCGUGGAAUGACGCAAAUGGCAAAAUUGCUGCUGCAUUUGUAAGUAGAAAAAUGCCAUUCCUGAGUAGCGCUAUUGGUUCGUUACAACUUUUGGUGCAGAUACCUCCAUCUGUGGCUGGUUUCGAUUACAGCUGGCAACCAUAUAAUGAAGCGGCAAAGAUCGGUUCUAAAGAGUGGAAUCCGGUACAUAUUGGAUUCACUGCUCCUUGUGUAUUAGUAAUUGAUCAAGAAGGACACGAAUAUUUAGGAUCAGCAGAUUUAAAAGAAGAAUUCGCGACAACCGUAGUAAAAAACAAUGUCUUUCGAUUAGAAGGAAGUGGAAUUUAUAAUUUUAAAGUUUUGUGUCGCAAAGACAGGGACGAUACGCAAGCAAUCUGA